AUGCUUUCAAGUCGCGUUUCAAUGGCUGCUCGCUCCGCCGUCUUUGGCCAAGCCCGAAGAGGUCUUGCCACUGCCGCCGCUGUCACCUCCGCUACCAGGAGCCACAAGAUCGUCGUUAUCGGAGGAGGCUCUGCUGGUCUCGCCAUCAGCCACCAACUUCUCCGAACUGGUAAAUUCGCCAGCGACGACAUCGCCAUUGUCGAUCCCGCUCAGCAUCACCACUACCAGCCCGGAUGGACUCUCGUUGGAGCUGGUCUUAAGACUAAAGAGGAGCUAAAGAUGAACAUGCCUGAGCUGAUCGACCCCAAGCUCAAGUUCUACAAUGUCAGCGUCAACGGUCUCACCCCAGAGGACAACAGCAUCACUCUCGGAACUGGUGACAAGGUCAACUAUGAGCAUCUUGUUGUUGCCCCCGGUAUCAAGAUCAACUACGACAGCAUCAAGGGUCUCCCCGAGGCUCUGGCCGAGAAGGACGGCUCAGUCUCAUCCAUCUACGGCUACGACUUCUGUGACAAGGUCUUCCCCAACAUUCAACGACUCCAGAAGGGUAACGCCAUCUUCACUCAGCCCGCUGGUGUCAUCAAGUGUGCCGGUGCCCCUCAAAAGACCAUGUGGCUCGCCCUCGACCACUGGAAGCAGACUGGUCUCUACGACCCAAAGAACCCUUCCGCUUCUCCCAUCAAGAUCAGCUUCGCCACUGGUCUGCCCGUCAUGUUCGGUGUUCCCAAGUACAGUGCCGCGCUUGAGCAGUUGCGUCAGGAGCGUGGUGUCGAGGGUCUCUUCCAGCACGACCUUGUUGAGAUCAAUGGCGACAAGGCCAUCUUUGCUCGCCCCGACGGACAGGAGAAGGUCACCAAGCAGUUCAACUUUAUGCACGUUGUUCCCAAGAUGGGUCCUCAUGCUUUCAUCAAGAACAGCGCUAUUGCCAACGAGGCCGGUUACGUCGCCGUCAACGACAACACCCUCCGCCACAACAAGUUCACCAACGUCUGGUCCGCCGGUGACGCCUCCAGCCUUCCCACCUCCAAGACCGCUGCUGCUGUCACAUCCGAAGCCCCUGUUCUCGUCAGUAACCUGCUCCGCGCCAUCGAUGGCCAGGAGCCUGAGCCCGCCUACGACGGCUACACUUCAUGCCCUCUCUUGACCGAGUACGGCAAGGUGAUGCUCGCCGAGUUCAAGUAUGGUGGUGUCCCCAAGGAGACUUUCGGUGAUAUCCUUGGCAUCGACCAGGCUGUUCCCCGCCGAUCAUUCUACCACUUGAAGAAGGACUUCUUCCCCUGGGUGUACAAGAACUACAUGGUCAAGGGAACUUGGGGAGGACCCAAGGGCUGGUUGAAAUAG